UCACAGGUCGUGUGCUUGAGUUGUCAACGAUGGCUACUUCCUUGCAGCAGGCUGUCGAUAAGAACCUGGAGUGUCCUGUCUGCCUGAGCUUCUUCAAGGACCCCAAGAUCCUGACCUGCUCCCAUACCUUUUGCAAGGGUUGUCUUGAGACUGUCAUAGAGUCUCAUCGGAAGCUGUUAUGUCCUACGUGCAGGGAGGAGACUUCGGUUCCUGGUGGAGACGUGGGUAGAUUGCAGCCAAACAUAACAGUCAGAUCACUUGUUGAAGAUGUGGAGACCCAGGGCCAUUCCAACUUUAAUCAAGAAGACAAAUGUAAAAAACAUCCGAACCAAUAUGAAGACUGUUUUUGUCUUAACUGUAAAAAGUAUGUCUGCUGCAAGUGUGCAAUAUCAGAGCAUGCAAAGGAUGCUCACACUAUCCUUGAAGCAGGCGCCCAUGAAAAGAAUAACAUCGAGGAACUUGCAUCAAAAGCGAAAGCAAAGAUACGCAACGUUGACAACUAUGUUACAUUCGUUGUAGACAAGCGUAAAAGGGUGCAUAACGUACAUGAACAACUCAAUGAUGAAAUAGAUGAUACUUUUGAGGAAUCAGUUCAGAAGUUGAGGAAAAUAAGGACGGUGUUGAAAAAUGAAGUCGGACAAAAGCUAGGUAAACUUGAGAGUUCAUUGGGAGACAUGGAGGAGUCAGGUCGUAAACAGCUAGAUCAGAUUAAGACAGCUCGGGACUUGGUUAAGAAUGGUCUUCAUAUUCCUCUCCAGACAGAGGCUUUUACCUCACAUAAAGCGAAGUGUCAAACGCUGGAAGAGCUUCUAAGCCAGAUUGGGCCAGAUGUGGAGCUGCCCAGGAGAACUGCUGAGGAAGGUGAAAGAGUUGGCUUCAGGAGUCUGGGAUCGGAUGGACUCCAAAUGGGCCAGUUAAGACAAAAGGAGUCCAAAUGGAUGUACAGGGAAGAUUCGCUGCCUCUUAGAAAUGCCAUGGGCGGAAUGGCAAUAUCACCAAACAAUGAGAUGGCUGUCGGUUUUUACGGGGGAGGAAUAGUCAUGUAUUCUUCUGAGUGCAUCAUGCAAGAUAUCGUUCUGAAAUCUGUUCAAGUUAAUGCACUACACGUUAUGCCUGAUGGUGGAUACGUCAUACGCGACUCGAAUAACAAAAUUGUCUUGUACACCGAGCUUCUUGAAAAGCUUGAUGUAACGUUUGAGACAAUUGAUGUUGCGAAAGGUGGAUGGCUUGGUGGUCUCAUUGUAGACAAGGAUGGGCUGAUCUUCAUAGCUUACAAUGAAUGCAAGAAAAUACAGGUAUUUAAGCCAGAAGGUGGCAAGGCAAUUAGAAAGAUAAAGUGUAACGGAUUGAAUCCAUGGCAAAUGUUUGCGAUGAAAUCAAGUCAAGCGAUUGUCGUUAAGAAUGGUUGGGAUACGGUACACGUGAUCAACGAUGUGUCUGGUGCUAUCAUUCAUAGCAUCAGCAAGGAUGGUGAAGACUCUUACCCUGCUGUGUAUCAGGAAAAUUCAGUUAUCAUCGCAUGGGUUAAGAAAGAUCAGGGUCUGUUGAACAUCGUUCAGUACACAAAUGAGCUCAAAUACAUCAGAAACAUUCUCACUGACUUCAAGAUAAUCAAACCAAAUCGAGAUUGGUACUCUUUACAUGCAUUUAAGACGGGAGAGAUUGCUUUCUGCACUUCUAAUAGAUUUUACAUCUUCAAUGAGACGUGGGAGUAAAUUUCAGUUUUGCAUAUCGGAACUUUAAAACUCCCGGAUCCAAUCCUUUCAGUGCUCCUGCUUUGUAAACAAGCUUGUGCCGAAAUGUAAUGUAAAUCAAAGAGUAGGUCUAGAUUCCACUCUAUUAUAAUGCUAUAAUAAUGGUGGCCAAUUUCAUAAUGCUGUCGGCAGUAGACAGUGUAACGUUUACUCUUAUGAAGUAUCAAGAUGUUGCUCUCAUUAUUGCAAAUGGCGGUUAUUUUAUAGACUGAUGUAGUUAGAUAAUCGAGGAGAAGAGGGUAGUACACCUUCUAAUCUACGGAAAGCAUAAAUUGCAAAUAGAAUACACAGUCAUACAUUCCCGCUAUUAUGGGGGAUGAGCAGCUUCUUCCAUAGAUAUUUGUAAUAAUCAUAAGAUUCCCUAAGUGUUCAUGCUUCAUAGUAGUGGCAACGUAAGCAAAUUAUUGUUUUCAAAAUACAAUGUAUUACUAUGUACCUGAAAAUGUUUGUUUUUAGAAUAUGCAAGAUACUUGGCAAUCAAUUAAUUUAUAUGUUGGUAAUGAUGGAGAAGGCAUAAUUCUAUAUACAUAUGUUUUUUGUUCUUUGUUUCAAGAACAUUUUUGAUAAUGUAGGACAUCAUUUAUUUUUGUCAUAGUUGUUUACUGGAAAAAUGCGUAAAAAUUGUGAAUUGUGUAAACGUUCUAAAUGGCCUUUAUUUGUACAAUCCCUAAUUCCCGUACAUUCCUCUAUCUCUUUUUGCUUCACGUGCAUUUAUAAUUCAGUCAUUCAUUCGGCUAGGUUCAUUUAAAGAAAAUUCCUUGUAAAUCAGUCCAAAGACUGAAGCAUACACUAUUGUCAUAGUUUUAUUGUUCAAAAUUAUACAAAGAAUACAAUAUAUUUAACCAAAAUUGACUAGGAACAAAAAAAUUGGGAUAAGAAAUUUAAAAAAAAAAUUGUUAAACAUGUUGCACCUCAAAUUGAAAAUAAAAACACCCCCCCCCCCCCAAAAAAAAGGGAUUUUAAAGACAGAGAAAGAAAAAUGAGAAUUGACAAGCUUGGGAAAAACGACAGAGAGAAGAGAGGGAGACAGAUGAGGGAUCUGUUGAGAAAAGGUAAAAAUUGAAGAGUGCCAUUUCAUUUGCUCAUGUCUUGCAUUUGAAUCCUAAUACAAGCAACAGAAUCUUUGAAAUCUUUGAAAUAUUGGGUAUGUAUAUAUAGUUACGAAUACAUACAUAAAUACCUUUACUAUGUUCAUAGGUUAACAGACUGAACAUGACAGUAAAAUAGAAACCAAUGAUUUAGCUUAAAACUAUCAUGUCUUACAUCGUCACACUAUUCUGGCAGCAAGGAAUCACCCGCUGUAUAAAGGGGAACAAGAAAUGGUAUUUAAGUCUAUAGUCCAAAGAUGUGAAAAUAACACAGAUGUAUGUUGAAUUGCAUGGUCAAUUUAAAUUUACAUUACUCAUUUAAGUAUUAAUUGUGUUAAUGUUACAUUGAUAUGCUUUAUGUCUGACUAAGAAGUUUAGUGUAAAUGUACAAAAUGUUUGAACAAUUAUUUGUCACAUUAUGUAUACAAUGAAAUUAACAAACCUUGAUAUGCUUAAUGUUUGACUAAGAAGUUUAGUGUAAAUGUACAAAAUGUUUGAACAAUUAUUUGUCACAUUAUGUAUACAAUGAAAUUAACAAACCUUGAUAUGCUUAAUGUUUGACUAAGAAGUUUAGUGUAAAUGUACAAAAUGUUUGAACAAUUAUUUGUCACAUUAUGUAUACAAUGAAAUUAACAAACCUUGAUAUGCUUAAUGUUUGACUAAGAAGUUUAGUGUAAAUGUACAAAAUGUUUGAACAAUUAUUUGUCACAUUAUGUAUACAAUGAAAUUAACAAACCUUGAUAUGCUUAAUGUUUGACUAAGAAGUUUAGUGUAAAUGUACAAAAUGUUUGAACAAUUAUUUGUUACAUUAUGUGCAAUGAAUUUUACAAACUUUGAUAUGCUUUGUGUUUGACUAAGAAGUUUAGUGUAAAUGUACAAAAUGUUUGAACAAUUUUUUGUCACAUUAUGUAAACAAUGAAGUUAACAAACGAGAUCUAGUGUACUUAUUAAGAACUCAUUUGUAUCCUUUAAUUGGAAUGGAAAUCAAUGUAUUAUAUACUUUAGUUUCUAAUGCAUGCUGUAGUUUAUCUUAUUAGUAUGCAUUAAAGUUAAUUCCCCCUUACUAGGUUCAUGAUUCUUUCAUAGUAGAUUAAUUAACUUUCUUUAUUAUAUUUGUUAAGAGUAUAGAUACAUCCCAAUGUUAUUCGCUAUAAAAGCAUGAUUAUUAUUAUGGAAUUAUGUCAGUUAUCAUCUUCCAUUCAAAUUAUGUUACGAAUUUCAUGUUCGAUUUCAUUAUAUUUUCUUAAAGGGGAUAGAAGAAAUAAACUGGAGUUAUGAAUUUGA